AUUUUGUCGAUGUUAUAAGGAUUAAUUUGUUUUUUUCACAAGCGGCCACAGUAGCUAGUCGCAUACAAAGAGGCUCUCUAUUUUUUUCAUUACGAGAAGAACAGAAUUGAGAGGGAAAGUGGGAAGUCAAGACGUGAAGAGUAGCAGCAAAGUGGCAAUGGCGAUGACCUUACCAACGGCGUACCUCGCCAUCGCAUUCUUCCUCUCUCUCUUCUCCACUUCCAAUGCUGUCACUGUUGAUUCCACUGAGAUCAACCAUCCUCAAUUUCAAAAUCACCAAAUUUGCUCAAAUUCUGACACUAAUUUGGAAUGCGAAAUCCAGGAUAUGAAGCUCAAAAUUGCUCGAUUAGAACAUUUGACUGAGAUGACUGGCCAAGAACUCGACAGUAAAAGCCUUCUUAUUGGAAAUUGUGAGAUGAAAAUUGAGGAGCUUAGCCGUACUAUACAACACCUGGAUUCUGAUUUGUCCAACUUAAAGGAUGCACCAGACUAUGAGGAAAUGAUAAAUUUGCUUGAAGAACAGGUACGAGAAUUGGAGGCUGUCGUUAGAAGAAAUGACUUGAACAUCAGUCAAUUGAAAGUCAGGGUUAAGGAUGACAAGAGAUCAGUGGAAUCGCUUGCUUCAAAAGUUGAAUUGAUGGCAAAAAUCAUCCCAGAACUCUGGUUUCAUGUUCAGAAGCUUGAGCAGGCUCGCGAAGUCAUAGAAAGAAGAACAGGGGAGCUACGAUGGCACUUACGCAAUGAAAGAUGUUUAUUCUUUAAGUUUAUUAACAAAUUGCCUGGUAGAAGAUAUCAUGAUAUGCUAGUUGCCUACUCUUCAGAAGCAAUAAACCUACUAAGAAGAUCAUAUACUGCUAUCAAAAAGUAUCACCAUCAGUUGCAAGGUUUUCUCAGACAAAAGAUGGAGAUAAAUGAUUUUACUGCUGUUUUUGCCAGUGAAGAGUUGGUGUUCUAUCUGGUGUCUGUUGUAGUUGUAUUUCCUACCAUUCUUUUUCUGAGAUGGUUGUUAUCAGUUUUUUUUUCUCUGGCAUCUUCUGUGGCUGUUUUCCUGCUUACACUUGCCAUGAGCGUGUUGUCGUUGGUGCCUUUUCUGGUUUCUGCUCUAGCUGUUUUCUACCUCUUGUUUGCUUUGAGAUGAUUGUUGCCACACUGAAGAUAACUAAGAACAAUGCACAUACAGAAGAACCCUAGAAGAAACGACAAUUUUGGCGUUGAUAAUACGUAAUUCAGGAUUAUAGGUUGUAGGCUAAAUAUAUCAUUACUGCUAUACGCGAAAUUUCAGUGUAACAAUGUUAAUGUGCAGACUAUUACAGAUUGUACAGUGUUUUGCAAAACAUGUUCUCGUGAUUAUCAUAUUGCGGCGGUUGAAUUCA